UUUCUAUGUGUAUUACAUAUGAGUAUUAUGUGUGUAGCGUACAAUCACAACAGUAAUUCAAUCAUUCGCGAAAAAUUGGCCACUGAAAAUUGCCUGUGCUCUAAUGAGAACCAACUCAUUUUGGAUUCAGAGGCGGUUCAAGAAGUAAUAGAAAAGUACGGCAUUAGCAUACUGGAACAAUCGGCUGUUGUACAGUUCUUGACGAGUGGUCAAUGUUUCGGACAAAAUAAUAACUUAGUUGAUACAAAUAUCUCUGAGAAUGCAUCGCAGCUAUCUACAAGCAUCGUAAAGGAAUCCAUGAUUGAACUAGACAAGGAAAACAUUGAUUCGAAUCAAAUAGUUCUGGAUUCUACAAUUGAAAGUUUACCGUUUGGCCCACAAGUAUUGCAGCGAUUGUUAGAACAGAAUUUGUUUGGGAAGGCUAUAUUGGAAAAAGCAACACAAGGUCCUCUGUCUGAACGUCGCCAACUCGAGCUAGCCCAAGUGAUUGCCGAGUGGCAUUUAGAAAAUCGCAUAAAACUCUAUGAAAACGAUUUAAAAACAUAUUCAAAAGCAAUUGCACUGUUGUUUCCAUCAGAGAACGAGGAAUCAUAUUAUUUGCCGAAAGGAGGAGAUAAGAAAAACCCCGGUGGAAAAGUUUACAACAAAAUAAACACUAUCAAAUCACGACUGAGAAAGCGCUCUAAAGAAGACGAAGAUUAUCUCAACAGUUUGAAAUCAGGAAAACGACCAAAUAUCGAUACUGAGUUGUUCGAUUCCUGUGCGAUUGAAGCCCGCAAAUGGUUGUUGAUAAAUAAAGCACCGUGGUCAACUGUUCUCGAUAAUUGGACAGUAACGUUUGGAAUGCGUAAAUCCUUUCUUGAUAGCUCCGUCGCUUUAGAUAAACUAAUCAAAGCGGAUUUAUGGAACUUAGUCACGUCGGAACACGGAUAUCAGUUGAUUGACAUUGAUUUCCGCUUACUGGAAUUGGGAAACGAAGACGGUUCGAUAAAAUGGUCGACAGUUCUCGGUACUAUUCAGCUAUUUUUUCAACAACGUAUAAAGGACGAGUGUUUUUCGGAGCUAUUGCAUUGCCUUUGUGAUAAAGCUUUGAAUCAAGAUAAUCAUCUCUGUGCUGUUAUUCUACUGCUUAAUUGUGUGUUGCAUCCUCAAAAGGUAGCUGGAAAGUAUAAACCAACAAUUGUAAACGGGAUCGCAGAUUCUAUUUUGUUCGCAUCAUCUAACGACGAUGCAGCAACGAAAUUGAAAGCAUUAUACAGUCGAUAUCAAGAUUUUGGUCUUCCAGCUUCUUCUAAGUUGAUUUUCUUCGGAACUGAUUAUAAAAAUCUCACUGGAAUUUUUCGAGUAUACUAUGGUGACCUAUUUUACACUCUACCUACUGUUUCAAGAGCAAUAGAUGUGUUCAUCAAAUUUACUGCUGUUUUAGGUUUGAAACAUUCUAAAUUUUCAUAUCUUGUUUGGUUAUUCAUAUCCCGCUAUAUCUAUGAGAUUAAAAGACAAGAAAGAUGCGUGUACUAAAGCUCGAAUCAUUCCUAAAUGCACAUAACCAAGAUGAAUCCAACGGCGAUAGAAAUUAAAUGUUUUGUUACAAGAUGUAAUCAAAAAUAUCGAUCAGGCCAAGCUUAUAUCGAUCACUUAGUUAAUAUAUACCGAAUACCGCGGGAGUAUAGGUUCGAAUGUACUUAUGGAGACUGUGACUUAAUUUUUACAAAUAAAUAUUCAUUUAAACGACAUAUUCUGAAUCACAAAUUUGACAUGAACCGUAACCGUUUAUCUUUUAUCGUUAAAGAAAAUAGUGUAAAUAUUCAUGCUACUAAUCAAAAUGUUAUUUGUUACAAUCACAUAAGCAGUAAACAAGAAAGUGACGACCAUAGUAAAUUCAAUUGUUCGGAAAUUGAUAAUGCGGUCCUAGAUUGCAUUCUGUGUUUACACAAACGAAAUAACAUAACGCGAUCUGACAUACGAGAUAUUCAACGAAGUGUUGAAGUAGUUUACACAAAAAUAGCAGAAAAAAUCCAAACAUUGCCAUUUGUUUUUACUGAUAAACAAUCUGAGUUCGAACUAAUGUUUUAUGUUGACAGACUGAAAAAUACUUUUAAUUAUAUUAGCAGUGAUUAUAAGUUCUUUCGCUAUAUAGAAAAGAUAGGAAUAAUAAUACUUCAAAAUAAUAUACUUACACAGCUCACUAUUCCGCCCGAUCUACUGCUUGCGGCUAACCUAAAAACAUAUCACAUGGCAAUACUAGAUGCAGAGUUCCAACUCAAAUCUUUUUUUGAGAGUCCUGGUAUUCUAGAUAAAACUUUGGAAUACAUGAAUACAUUGAAAAAUUCAAGCAGAAUCAUGCAUUUCGUUAACUGUACAUUAUGGAAGGCGAUUAUAAAAAAAUACUCAAACGAAAUUGUAUUACCAUUGUUGAUCUACUCUGAUUAGUAUGAGAUCAAUGAUAAGCUCUCAUAACAAAAAAGACGUCAUUUGUGGAAUCUACUAUAACUGUCUUGCGAUUCCGAACGAGUGUAGAGCAAGGCUUUCAAAUAUUUUUGUAUGUGGUGCUUUGAAGAAGAUAUCAAUAAGUGACAUAGGCAUCAAUAAAUUGAUGGAAGUGCUAAUAAAUCGAUUCAAAUAUAUGGAGGAAAGGGGAACAGAAAUCUCUGUAAACAAUACAAAAUACAAUAUACGAUUUGUGUUGGUUAUGUGUCAGGGUGACAAUCUAGGUGUACAUACCAUGCUUAUGUUUACAGGUGGAUUCAAUGCAAACUAUUAUUGCAGAUUUUGUAGAAGGCAUAGACAUUUGUUACAACAAGAUGUCCAGGAAUAUCCAAUGGAUUCACGUAAUGUACUGAAUUAUAAAGAAGAUGUUAGAAUUAACGAUAAAAAAGAAACCGGUAUAAGAGGCAGUUCGGAAUUCAACAGUUUGCCAUCAUUUCAUAUCACAGCAAAUAAAUCCGUCGAUGCCAUGCAUGAUAUUUUCAGCAAUGGUAUUUGCAAGUAUGGAUUUACAAAAAUUUUGAACUACGUUCUGUUCAAUAAACAAUAUUUAACUAUAAAUGAGCUUAAUAAUCGUAGACGUACUUUCAGCAAACAGGUAUUAGACGCAUCACUGAUUCGGCAAACAAAUCCAAAACAGUUCAUAUUAGAACAACAGCCAGUGAAAUGCGUGCUUUUUGUCACUACUUUCCAUUUAUAGGCCUUUCGUUCCACAAAAUGAUUUGGUUUGGGAUUAUGCAAAAAGUCUUAUCAAACUAGUCGAGAUGAUACUGCUGCUAUCUUUUUCGGUGCAAGAUAUAGAUAAACUUCGAUUGUUUACCAAAUACCAUCAUGAACUUUACCAGAAAAUUUUCGAAGAAGGCUUAAAACCAAAGCAUCACAUAGUUCUACAUUAUGGAUCAGUAAUUGAAAGUAGUGGUCCUAUAACUAAUCAGAUGUGUUUUAGACAUGAAGCUAAGCAUAAGCAGUUCAAACAAUAUGCACACGUUAUAUCUUCUCGUCGAAAUAUUACUUACACAUUAUGUCUGAAGGCAGCCUUGCAAUUUAGUCACGAUUUAAAAAACAACAUUUUUUUCAAGAGCGAUGCACAAACCACAUUUGUACAAGUAGAUUUGAGAGAAAGGUCAUAUUUUGAAAAUAUUGUCGAAUCAACUAAUAUUGAUUAUAAUGAAGAGACAGUUGCAACAUACUUCUAUGAAUAUUACGGUACGUUGUACAGAAAUGGUUUUUAUUUAACUAGAACAGAAAGAGACGUGACAGAGCUAUAUGAAUUAGUAGAAAUUGUUAAAGUAAGGCAAAAAAUUUACGUUGUUGGGCAGUUAUGGGAGUGCGGUGAAUUAAGGGUGACCGUGGACAGAAGCCAAGGAAAAUAAAUGUAAAAGUAUUGGUGAAACAAUACUUUUUUCAUAUAGUAAUAGUAUUUGUGAGUAGAGAGGAAUGAAAUAAUAAUAUUUGUGUGUUGAAAGGAAUACAGUUGCAAGAACAAAAUGUAAACAUUGAAACUAUUCAAAUCACCUAGCAGAACAGAGUGAACUUAUCUCAUCUUCAUGCUCAUUCUGGAGUUGACAAAUUGCAAUCAUGAGAAUAUAAUGAUUGUGCCAAAGAAGAUAGUUUACUGUUUGCCCUCGCUUGGUUCUUGGCAUUUUUCUUACAUUACAAAGUAAAAAGGAAGCUGUUGCAUUGAUGGAUUAAGUAUAGUAACACCACACGAAAUCAGAACAAACUCUGUUGCAAUGGCUCUUUGUAUUAAUUUUAAUUUUUGAAUUUGAAGCUCACAUAUUCAAAAAAUACAAACCAACAAAUUCUACAUUUUCCAUUUUGUCGACAACAUUAUCGGAUAGGGAAGCAAUCUCACCCAGAGAACAGUCAAGUGGCAUUUAACGAGAGGGAUGGUUGAUAAAUCGGCUAUUUGCUCUGAAAAGAUUUAUCAUGCAAAUUUGAAGAUAUAAUUUCAUAUAUUGACGAAAAUAUUUUACAACUUUACCUAUUGAUACCAAAUUAUUGGAUCAAGUACAGUGUCUAAAUUCCGUGGU